AUGGACAGGGACGGUGUGAUUACGGUGAACGCGAGCUUUUUUGAUCUGUAUGCGGAUUAUUAUUUAAACAGCUCUCUCAAUUACUCGGACUGGAACAACAGCACGCGGGGUCAGGCUUGUGACCUGGGCGAGGGCAUACGUUUCGAGGCUGUGUUCAUCCCGGCUCUGUAUUCCCUGGCAAUAGCGGUGGGUCUUCCGGGCAACGGGCUUCUCCUGUGGGUUCUUGCUCAGCAGAGGAAGGACAAGAGCGUGACGGACAACUUCAUCCUUCACCUGGGAAUCGCUGACACCCUGCUGCUGUUGACGCUGCCCUUCUGGGCCGCCGAGGCCGCCCAGGACCGUGGAUGGAGCUUCGGGACGCCGCUCUGCAAGAUCACCGGAGCCAUCUUCACGAUCAACUUUUACUGCGGGAUCUUCCUGUUGGUUUGCAUCAGUCUGGACCGCUACCUGUCCAUCGUCCACGCUACCCAGAUGUACAAUCGCAAGAAGCCAUGGGUUGUCCAGGUCACCUGCCUGACCGUCUGGGUCUUGUCCUUGGUCCUCAGCAUCCCCGACUGGAUCUUCCUUGAGGAGGUGAGAGAAGAGAGACAAGACAAAAUGUUUUGCAUUCACGUCUACGAACGCUUCUCUCAGUCGGCAUCCCACUGGUGGCUGGUGUCCCGUCUGCUCUACCACGUCGUGGGCUUCCUCCUGCCCUCGGCCGCCCUGCUCUACUGCUAUUCCUGCAUCAUGGCGCGGCUGUUGCGCGGCUCCCAGGGCCUGCAGAAGCAGAGGGCCGUGAAGGUGAUCCUGGUCCUGGUGGCGGUCUUCUUUCUCUGCUGGAUGCCGUACAACAUCACACUCCUGCUGGACACGGUUUACUCCAACCAAACCUCCUCGAGUCACUGCGAGGUCGACGCGUCUCUGGACAAAGCCCUGAAAGUUACCUCCUCUCUGGGCUACCUCCACUGCAGCCUCAACCCCGUGCUCUACGCCUUCGUGGGGGUGAAGUUCCGCCACCAGCUCCUGAACCUUCUGUGCUCUGUGAGCUGCAGGCUGAAGAUGGGCAUGGGGUGGAACAUGCCUGUACACAGCAGGAGAGGUUCCAUUUGGUCCGAGUCCGCGGACACCUCCAACUCCACUGUGAUCUAAGAGAGACACACCGGGCAGACCGGCGGGCGUGCAGACGGGUAGACAGGCAUGCGAACUCGGACUCUUCGGACAGACAAAACCAGGGGAGGUGACCAAACUGACAGGCAUAGACAAAGACCGAA